CCAUUCAAUCUUUAGAGAUCCAGAGCAAAAGCUAGAGAGAGAAAGGAUUUGAAGAUUUGAAGAUUCGAGUUAAGUUUGUGGCUUUUCAUCUUUAAAAAGCGAACGUUUACCUGAAGUUCUGAAAAUUUGGGAAUGUAAGCAGAUGGCCCGUACUAAGCAAACUGCUCGUAAAUCAACUGGAGGAAAGGCUCCAAGGAAGCAACUCGCUACCAAGGCUGCCCGUAAGUCUGCUCCAACCACUGGCGGAGUCAAGAAACCUCACCGUUACCGCCCUGGAACUGUUGCUCUUCGUGAAAUUCGUAAGUAUCAGAAGAGUACUGAGUUGCUGAUCAGGAAACUCCCUUUCCAGAGGCUAGUCCGUGAAAUUGCCCAGGAUUUCAAGACUGAUCUGCGUUUCCAGAGCCACGCAGUCCUUGCCCUGCAGGAGGCAGCUGAGGCUUACCUUGUUGGUCUGUUUGAGGACACUAACCUUUGCGCCAUCCAUGCCAAACGUGUUACCAUUAUGCCUAAGGAUAUCCAGCUGGCUAGGAGGAUCCGUGGUGAGCGUGCUUAAGCAUUGCGGGAGCCAUGGGGAUGGUUGUGUGCUAUUUUGUUGUUAACUUCUCUAAGAAGAAGUUGGCUUAGGUGGCUAGGGUAGAUAGAUAGGCUUUCUGUUUGUAGUAGUUGUUAUUAGGUUUAUGGAUAUGUGAACCUUUUGGGUGGUUGGUGGCGUUUCUCUGUCUAUUCGUUAUAUGGGGGAUUUGGAUUUGUUCUAUUACCGUUCGUUUAAGUUGUUUUGGAUAGUACCUGUUGCAACAGUAGUGGUGUUGAACAUCUAUUAUUUGCAUCAUCUAAUCUAAGUUUAGUUUGUUAUUGUUGUCUUA